GGAAGGAAGGAAGGAAGGAAGGAAGGCUGCUGCACAUAUAAAUAAUCGAUCGUGACCAGUACAGCAGCUCUGUCUCUUCUCAGCCGUGCAGCAGCAGCAGCAACAGACACUGAGCACCAUGUUCACAGCAGUGCUGGUUGGUAUUGUGCUUGGAGGACUCAUCUACUUCCUGGUUCAGAGGAACAAGAACCAGGUUUUGAAGGUAGAGGAUGGCUGGUGGGGAGCUGGAGCACCCCCUGAUGGCGAGGAGGACGACACCAUACGACCAUUUAAAGUCAACACCAGCGAUGAAGAGCUGGAGGACCUGCACAGAAGAAUAGACCAGACGCGUCCUGUUGCUGCUCUGGAGGACAGCCAGUUCCAUUAUGGCUUCAACUCGCAGUAUUUGGAGAAAGUGAUCUCUUACUGGAGAAAUGACUUCAACUGGAAGAGUCAAGUUGACAAACUCAACCAAUUCCCUCACUUUAAAACCACAAUUGAAGGCAUUGAUAUCCACUACCUGCACGUGAAGCCCAAGAAAGUGCCUCAGGGAAAAACUGCCAUUCCUCUGAUCAUGGUUCACGGCUGGCCUGGUUCCUUCUAUGAGUUCUACAGGCUGAUCCCACUGCUAACAGAGCCUUCAAACCCAGACGACCUCGUGUUUGAGGUGGUGUGUCCCUCCAUACCUGGAUAUGGCUUCUCUGAAGCGCCGCACAAGAAAGGCUUCAAUACAGUUUCUGCAGCAAACAUCUUCGUGAAGCUCAUGAAGCGUCUGGGCUUCCAGCAGUUCUAUGCUCAAGGUGGAGACUGGGGUUCAUUGAUCACCACCAACAUGGCUCAGCUGGAGCCCCAGACAGUCAAGGGCUUGCAUGUAAACUUUGCCCCAAUCGCAAAGCCUAGCAUACAAAUGAUUUUGUCCAUGAUGUUCGGCCGCUACUUCCCUAAUCUCUUUGGCUUCAACGACAUGGAUGUCAAGGGCGUCUUUCCUUGCAAGGAGAAAAUGUUGGUGAACGUCCUCAAAGAGAGUGGCUACAUGCACAUCCAAGCCACCAAGCCUGACACUGUGGGCCGAGGACUGAAUGAUUCUCCCGUGGGUCUGGCGACCUACAUCCUGGAGAAGUUCUCCACAUGGACCAAAGGUGAAUUUAGGAACCUGGAGGAUGGAGGACUCACCAGGAAGUUCUCUCUGGAUGACCUGCUGACUAAUGUGAUGAUCUACUGGGUUUCUGAAUGCAUCAUCCCAUCAAUGAGGUUCUACAAAGAAAACCUCGGCAAAGGCCUCAACCCGCCACACACCAAGAUACCCGUCGUGGUUCCCACUGGGAUCGCCUGCUUCCCCGACGAGCUUGUGUACACGCCUGAAUUAUGGGCCAAAAAGAAGUUCCACAAUAUUGUGAGCUUCAGUCACAUGGCCCGCGGCGGCCACUUUGCUGCCAUGGAAGAGCCUCAACUGAUGGCAGAGGACAUUCAGAAGUUCACCAAGAUCGUGGAGAAGAAAUAGUGGAACAGAUGGAACAGGUGAAUGACCUAAAAGUAACGUAGGCACACGAUGAGAAGCUUAAUGGAUGAAAACAAAUAAAAGGUUGACACACGCAUACAGUGUAUGAACAUAUGAAUGAAGCACUGUAUAUUAUAUAGUGUAUUCAUACUUCUUCAUGAUUAAAGCCUGAUUUAUACCCUGGCACAUGACCUGAGCCACAGACAUUACAUAUGUUUUGUGUGUGAUUGGGUCAAAACUUAUUCUCUCUGUUACUCUCUUGUUUAAUGGACACACUUCCACGUCUACCUCCUGUCUAUAAUUUUUUAAAAUCUCUUCCUCUUCACUAAAUUCACCAGUUUCAUCAAAUCUAUCAAUUAACCUCAUGAAGGAAAAAGUAGCAGUAGAAAAUAAUGCACUUGACAGAAGGAUAUACAGUGCUAUACUACACACUAUACUACUAAUAUCACAUUGCUGUAAUGCAUGUUUGGAGCUGUGUGGUUACCAUGGAGACAACUGGAGUAUAAAUUGAAGAAAAACAUUUUUCAUUUGUCAAGUAUAAAUCAGGCUUAAGUCGGUAUAAUGCAGUGACAACAUAUAUAUUCCUGAUUCUGCUCUGUUAACUCAUGCAAAACUGAAAAAAAUAUUUGCAGUUAUUGUAAACAACUCUCCAGCUUCAGGUUUGUUCACCUGUUAUAUAGCCAGCCAUUUCACUGGUAUCUAACACAUUAAAACAUAUUAAAGUUUAUAAAAAAACAACAACA